CACAAUUAACUAAAAAAUUACAGAAAAAAACCAACGUAUUUAGUUUCAGUCGUGGUUGUACACCAUUAUGAGGAACGACGAGACUUUAGUAGCAACGUCUAGGUACGGGACACGUCAUUUAAAAUCAAAACUACAAAAUAAUAUUUCAAGACAGCAGGAGGGUUGAAACGGACCAACACCUGCUUGCAUCACCAUUGGCUGAUAUGAUGGACCAAUAUCAAGCUUUUACAAAAAGGGAAAUACGCCCCCGGUAAACUCGCUGUACUUGCUCUCACAUUCUGAAGCACUGCACAACGAUGAGCAACGGAUUCGCAACUACGGGUCAUACACCCACUUGGGAUUCGAGUUUGACGAAUACAGAUAGUCAAAGUUACGAUGAAUGUUGGCCGGAUGCUCACCUCUAUCAUCACCAUCACCACUUACACCAUCACCAUAUUCACCAACACUCGACUACAGUAUCUCAAAUGUGGCCAAACCCGCAUAACCACGCUCAGCAACAGAGUAUAAAUCAAAAUGCUGUUCCCAGGAGCGGCGGCAGUAGUUCGCAAAAGUCGUCAUCAAUGGCGUCGUCGAAGAAAAUCCGGCGGCGCGUGGCCACGCUGGCGCAACGGCGUGCGGCCAACAUACGCGAGCGCAGGCGCAUGUACAACCUGAACGAGGCGUUCGACAAGCUCCGGCGCAAAGUGCCCACGUUCGCGUACGAAAAGCGGCUGUCCCGGAUCGAAACGCUCAGGCUGGCCAUCACGUACAUCGGGUUCAUGACCGAACUGCUGCAGUCGACCCCGUCUCCCGGCGGAGGCGCCGACGCUGCCCAGUCGCCCGCGUCCGCGCCCUACGCUCUGCCGCCCCAACACCACGACAUUCCCUACGCGCCCUACUCGUUGAUACCACCCGUGUAGAGGCGUGCAGGUGUGGGUGGCCGCCACCCCUCCUCGAAAUCUGCCGUGCGACCAUAUGUGUAUACAUAGUGUAAGGUGUCGACCGCCCGUAAGAAAUCUGCCGUUAUUUGUUGCAUUAAAUCUGCAGCGGGCGUGCAAUCGAUCUAAACCUAUUUAUUAUUUUGUUGACAUUUUUUGCUCUCCAAACUGCAAACCUCUCCCGCUAAUUGUUAUAAUACGAGAUUACCGCGGAAAUGACAUCGACGUAUUAAUAAUAAUUGUAGUGACGGCAAUAUUUUUAUUGUGUUAUAUACGUUUUUCAGUAUACUUGGAAACAAUCAUCACAAAACAUUUUAACUAUUUUACGAUUACGAAAUCUGAAAAAAAAAGUCACGCACUACCCUCCUCGCCGGUGUAUCGUGUAUAUGUAGGAUAAUAUUAUGUUAUACCUACUAUGCCUACUGUAAUUAUUAAAAAUAUUCGUGCUUAUACGCGGACGAACUUUGUACUUGUAUAUACAUUAUUGUAAAAUAUUAUUUUUAUUUAUCAUUGUUAUCAUUAUAAAGGUACCUACGCAUAAUAUUAUGAUUUGUGAUAUAACAAAGUUUAAAGUUAUUAUCUGAAAGUUGUAUAAGGUUGAUCUAUUGAAUGUAUAUAUACCUAUAAGACGGUUUUACAAUGACGUAUGAGUAUUUUUUUUGUAAGUCAAACCCUUAUGGAGCAGUAGCAAAAAUGAUUCAAGCUCCAAUACUUAUUGCAGAAAAAGGAAAGUGAAAAUUCAACAAUACUUUUUUUAAAUAUUCGGGAUGAACUAAAUAAAAAUUGCGAGAAACCGGGAAUAUAUUCUACGCAAUAUCAGUUUUUGACGAAGUGUAAUAUGGUUUUUUUUGUAUAUUUAAAAAAUAAAUAAUCAGAGUGUCAGACAUUAGACAUUUUUGAUUUACGAUGAUAAAAUUUGUUUAUUAAGAAGCUUGGUAAUUUAAUUAAAGGUUUUCAGCUGUUGUUCUUACAGGAUUCUAAAAAUAAAGAAAAUAUUUUACAGACACGACUUUUUUUUAUAGACAUUUCACAUUUUAAGUUGUAAUUUUUUCAAACUCCUACUCAAUCAGUAACUGACUCAAUGAAACCUACGCUAUACAGCAGCGUCUUCCGCGGUUUUUAAUAUUACCGUCGGCCAUUGCCAAUUUGUAUUUAUUUUUUUCCAGAGUUUCGAGUUAUUUCUUAUUAUAGUUGUUUUACAUGGUAGCUACUAAAAUGGGAUUGUGCAAAAAUCCAACAUGUGACAUAAUUAUGUCACAUAAUUGUCAAAUUUCAGUCAGUUUCAAAUUAAUCUCAAUGUAAUAUAAUAAUUAAUAUUGUUUGUCGACGAAUUGUACCUAUUUUAUACUACUAGCAAGUAACUACUAGGACAUUAUAGCCUACAUAGGUACACUAUGUAUAUGAACCAAUUAUAAGUAAAUAUUUGACAUUUAUGAGGCUAAUUAAUAUUUGUGUAAAUAAUUAUUCAAUUAUAUUGUAUAACUAUAUACGUGAAAAACCUUUAAAAAGUAAAAAUGUUAAAAAUUAUCAUUUGGAUAUAUUAUUUAUUUGCGUGUUUUAAUAAAAAUUAAAAACACCAUU